AGUUUACGCAAACAUUUUUUUAAAGAAAAGCGCUACAAAUUACUUAUUUGAUUCUGACUGGUUAAUUGCAACAAUACUAAGAAUUAUAAAACCAUGAUUUUGAUAAUUUUAUAACUAAAAAAUACGCUGUAACUAUGUAUUAUACUAUCAAUUUUAUUUAAAGCCAACUCUUAAAUGCGUAAUUUAAUGUAAUCAAAUAUUACUAUAGUAACAAAAGUUUAAAAUCGACCAAACGUCUCUGAAAGAAUUCUGGCAAAUCAUUUUUAAUUACAUAUAAUGUCGAAAGGAACAACAAUCAAGGAAGCAAUAAAAAAAUGGGAAGAAAAGAACCCCGGCGAAGAUAUCAGUAAAGCCGCAUACGUCGGCUUCCAAUUUCAAUAUCCACCCAUCGAAAAAAUGGAUAAUUCUUUAUCAGCCCUUGCAAGCGUUCAAAAAUUAAGCCUUAGUACAAAUAUGAUUGAAAAAAUAGCCGGAAUAUCAUCAUUAAAAAAUCUCAAAAUUUUAUCUCUCGGCAGAAAUUACAUAAAGAAUUUAACUGGAUUAGAAGGCGUUGCAGAUACCCUGGAAGAACUUUGGAUUUCUUACAAUUUUAUAGAAAAAGUGAAAGGAAUUAAUGUCUUGAAAUUAAAAGUACUCUAUAUGAGUAACAACUUGGUUAAAGACUGGUCUGAAUUUAACAAAUUACAAGAACUUCAUUCAUUAGAAGAUCUCGUUUUUAUAGGCAAUCCAUUGGCCGACAAUAUGGAUGAAAGCACAUUUAAAGUAGAGGCAUCAAAACGUCUACCACUUUUGAAGAAAUUAGAUGGUGAUCCAGUGCUGCGUGAAGAAAAUGAUUAACAACUUACAGUUUAUGAUAUAAUAUACAACAUUUUAAUCUU